ACCACCCGUCGUGCUGUAGCCUGUAAAAAUACGAAUCUACACACGGAACGGCAUGGUUCCACAUGCAGAAGUAGUGGUGGUGUAACCUUGGCUGAUUAGCGUCCUCGUUUCAAACACCAUAAAAGAAGCAACAUGCAGGCUGCUAUGGAUAUAACUGCAAAGUACUGCCGUAAAGAAAUGGAAGCGUAUGGGUUAUGUGUAGCCUCCAAUCCAUCAACAUGGCAGCAGAAGUGUCACGAGCUGAAGAUGAAUGUUGCACAAUGUACAUCAUCACACCCAGUCAUCCAGAAGAUCAGGCAGGAGUGUUCCAAUGAGUUUGUGGAGUUUGAGCGCUGCCUGAGAGAACAUCAGGGACAACCUGUCUCCUGCUCGCCACAUGUGGCUCGCUUUCUGGGCUGUGCAGAGACAGUCGACCUCAGUGGAGUGGCUACAAAUCCAGUAUCUCAACCAUCUUAGCACAGGAUGUCCUCCAUUACCAGAAAAAACCUGUAUCUACACCACUGCCACCAGGACAAAGAAGCCAAGUGUUGUUCAAAGACGAAACCGCAGAUUGUAUUGAAGAUACGGCAACAUUACAUUCAAAGCACAUCACCUGGCAGUCACUGAUCAAAAAAGUAAGAUAAGAACUCAUCUACUGCACAAAUAAGUUACAUUCACAAUAUUAUCACUUUAAAAACACCAUGAGUCAGUUAUCAGAGUCAAACAUAAUGUCAGGAAGGAAUGUCACAGGCUGUAGCCAAUUACUGGCUUCUAAAUGAAAAGAGUUUCACCCUAAUCCUAUUUUAUUCUGCACCACUUCAUGAUUCUGAUCCUGAUGCCUUCUGCAACACUUGAAUUUGGAGGCUAUUUCUUCAUACCUACUUGUGGCACAUAAAUAUCAUGCUACAGUUUAAAUAUUUGCUGAUUAUCACAUAAGAAGAUACGAAAUACCUACCUAAUGUGACUUUCUGAGAAGGAAAUUAUUACAGUUUGUGACUACAACAGUUAAUUAUAACACAGUCAUACACACAUUUACAUUUGGAGUACCUUCAUGUACCCAGUAUCCUUCAUUUGGGAAAUUAUAUACCAAAGAGUUGAAAUUUACUGCACUGUUUUUGAGUGAUCACAUUAUAAAAGAGAAAGGAAAACUAAAACGAUAACCACUUAAACAACCCUGUUUCCGCAUAAGGCUCCUCAAAUGACCCUGUAGAGUUUAUAGCUAAAUGCCAAAAAAACCCACUUUUUUUGGUCCAUAUUUUAUCAGUCAUGCAGUAUGAAAAACCAAGGAUAUAGUUUGAAAUAAUUUUUCACAGAAUUUCUUUGCAAUCUCUGUCCUUCAAGUCAUUGGGCAAGUUAAAUUGUCAUCCUAUCCAGCACAAUAUCCUGAGUUGUGGCUCAGGUUCCACAAACAUACACACUAACCUGAGAGCAAAAGUGUACUCCAAUCCAUAUACAGUGCUGUAUACGCUGCAGUCAUUCACACAAUAACUACUCUAGUCCUGGCAAAACAAAACAAAAAGUAAUGCAAUAUACUAAUUUAAUUUAAACCCUCAGCUGCCCAUCAGCUGCCAAGACUGCUAAUUAUAUGUGAUUUGAUUGAUGAAUUCACUUUCAGCAACCAAUUAUCAUCUGUAAUUCGUGAUAUACAUAUUGAUAGGUAUAAGUGUCUUAAUUUUUUUUUGUUGGAAAGUGCCAUGAAGCAUUUUUCAUUAAACAUUACAUAAAUACAACAGAGUAAACUGAGGUCCUUUAUCUUGGACAUUUACAGUGUCUGUAUUUCCAGCAUGUGAUUCUUAUCUGGGAAAGAUGUGGGAUCACUAUGUUAAUCUGCUGCAAAUUGAUAUUAUGACUAACUAUGUCUAAUUGAUGUUAGCCUGUGAUAAAAGCUUGUAAGUGUGUUUGGCUGUAGGGUGUUUCAUGGAGAAUGGUCCCACAGGCAUGUUGAUGGACAGACUCCAUUAGCUGCAUCUCUGAGGUGAAAGGUGAAACAGGAGGGGAAAGAGUGACAGUUUAUAAG